UGGUACGCGAGCCUCGACCGCCCCGGCUGGGAGCCGCCGGGCUGGGUCUUCCCCAUCAUGUGGCUCCUCGUGUCGAAGCCGACGCAGCUGCUGGCCGUGACGCGCGUCAUGGGCCGCCUCGAGGACGGCGAGGAGCCGCCGUGGCUGGCGCUCGCCGUCUACUGCGGCCACCUGGCGCUCGGCGACGCCUGGAACAAGGUCUUCUUCGGCGCGCAGCAGGUGCGCACGGGCGCGCUCUUCAUCACCGCCUUCUACGGCGCGCUCGUCGCCGCGGCGGUCCUCUUCUACGGCAUGGACCAGGUCGCCGGCCUCUACAUGCUUCCCACCGUCGGCUGGGUCACCAUCGCCGCGAGCCUGAACUGGAGCAUCUAC